AUGGCUGCUCACGGGACAUAUACACCGACAAAGGUGAUCGAGGAGGCAAAGUUAGACAUUCUUGCGCAGACGCAGGAAGACGAUAAUGCGAAGUGGAGGAGACAAGUCUCGCGGAGCUUUCUCUCGCCAACUGCAGAGAUGUACGUUUACGCCGUGCGGGCAUCUCUCGGAGACGAUGUCUACGACGAGCCUUGCACCAAGCUCCUGGAACAGCAUAUGGCGAAGUUGACCGGCAAGGAGGCGCUCUCUUGCUCUCCGGACACACCUAAGCAGCCACCAUACUCGGUACUCUGUGACCACCGAGCGCAUAUCGCAAGCUGGUGGACGGCUUUCCAUUCCGGUGCCCAGCUUGACUAUGUGAUCCCUCUAACGGGCAUCAGUCACCUGGAUGAUAUCAAAGAGCAUGUGGUCCUCGGCAGCGAUAUCACAGGUACCUGCCCGACUGCUAUCAUCGAGCUCGAGAACACGCUCAACGGCACGAUCAUCCCGCAACAAGAUGUCAUUGAGAUCUCCGAAUUCGCCCACGCCAACGACAUCAUAAUGCAUCUCGACGGUGCGCGGAUCUGGCAUGUCGCAGCGGAGACCGGGACGCCUCUUCUAUGCUUCAGCAAGGGUCUCGGUAUGUCAACCUCAGUUCUGUUAUGGUUCCGCAAGCUCUUCGGCGGCGGCAUGAGGCAGACCGGCUUCAUGUCAGCAUCCGCUGCCUACGCGCUCACACAUCACUUCCCCCUUCUGCCCGGUGUGCAUGCGCUCACCCGCAAGCUGGAAAAGGGCCUCGAGGAGAUUGGCGUGCGGAUCACGAGUCGCGCCGAGACUUGCAUGGUCUUCUACGACCCCUCACCAAUUGGUGUCUCGUACGCAGAGAUCAUCGACCGCGCGAGCAAGCUCCCUGAGCCGAUCAAGCUCGGUGGCUCGCGAUUAGUCGUUCAUAUUCAAACAGCUGAGGACACUGUCGACGAUUUCCUCGCCGUCAUUCGCAAGCUGGCCCAAGAGAAGAAGGACGCUGGCUUUGUGUACUCAGAGCAACAGCAGAAAGCCAAUGGUGUCGGCAGGAGCAGCAUCUACGUCAAGGUCAAGGCGUCGGACCUCGAGAAAGUACAGCACCAGUGA